AUGGUCUGCAGGUGUUACAUGCAUCCUCUCUAUAUGGCCGUCAUCCAAACUAUCCAGAAGAAAAGUUUUCUUCCUCCCUUCCAGCACUGUGACAAGUUCUCACUACAAAUCACUCCGCCGUGUGAAAGCGAACAACACUAUGAAUACUCUGGACGGUGCUGCACAAAGUGUGAGCCAGGAAAGUAUAUGUCUGCUAGAUGCACUGGUACUUCUGACAGUGUGUGCCAGCCGUGUGGCCCAAAUGAAUAUAUGGAUGUCUGGAAUGAAGAAGAUAAAUGCUUACUACAUAAAAUAUGUGAUCAAGGGAAAGCUUUGAGAGAAGUGAACCCAGGGAACAGCACAUUCCAGCGGCAGUGUGCUUGUACAAUGGGCUACCACUGGAAUGAAGACUGCGACUGCUGUCAGCGAAAUACCAUAUGUGCUCCAGGAUUCGGAGUUGAGCAUCCUGUGCAACAAGACAAGGACACAACGUGUACACCAUGUCCCAGAGGCUACUUCUCAAAGGUCGCUUCAUCCACCGACAAGUGUAAAGCCUGGACCAACUGUACAGCACUGGGAAUGGCAGAAAUAGUGCCUGGGACUGACAAGUCAGAUGCAGUUUGCACAGAACGGAAGAUGCCUGAGCCAUCGGAAGAUGGAACAAACAGGAUCUUAUACGUGUUGAUUGUCAUCUUGUUUUUUGUGGCACUAAUUGGCAUUGUUGUCUUCAUCAUAUACUACAAGAAUAAGGGAAAAAAGCUGACAGCAGAUCUACAGAAUUGGGCUAACGAAGUGUGCAGCCAAAUAAAAGGAACAAAGGAGCCCCCCAGAGAUGCAUUUGUUACCAUGAACGUCACAAAUGCUCCUGUCCCCCAGACCUCAGAAGGCGUGCGUCUCCUGGGCCCCGCUGGCUCUCCUGCCCCUGGAAACUUGUGCUGCACCAGCAGCCACGCUCCUUGCAGGAACGGGAACCCUGGCACAGCACCGUGCGAGGCAGGAGGGAGCCUCCAAGAGUUUUCUAUGGUAACUGAGACUAAUGAUGACCAUUUCCCACCAGUUCCCACAGAAGAUGAAUACAUGGAUAAGGAUCUCAAUACCGCUGAUUAUUUAUCUUUACUGAGUCGGACUGCCAGUAAAACCGUGUCGUCAUUUUCAGAACCAAUGGAGGCAGGGGAAAAUGACAGCUUAAAUCAGUACUUCUCAGGGGUUGGGAGCACAGAGGACGUAUCCAACUCUCAAGGCUCUCACCCUUCCUCUGACAUGGAUAGGGCACACACUGUCACGGACAAACUUCUUCAGAAAUCUUGCCAACAUGCCCACAGUUGCGUGAAGGAAACGGGCAACAAAGACACAGAUCGUUUUGCAACAAACUAUGACUCAGAGAAGAUCUGUGUGAGGUGUGGCAUUUCGUACAGGGAAUCUCCCAGAAAGUGGAGCAAACCCUGUUGUGCUGUGGCUGACAGUGCCUCCACCUCCCCAGAAACUGCGUCCUAUGCACAGUGCACCUGUGGCUUGAAUGUUCUCUCUGCUGGUCAGAGCACUUUAGCAAGCAAUCAUGGUGUGGAAGAUGCAUCUUCGGAUAGUACCAACAUGAAGUACCAGAACACAAACAGAAGCACUUCAGGGACAAACAGCAGCACUUCAGACCUCCCUCCAGCAUCUGGAAAUGUGACUGGAAACAGUAACUCCACCUUUAUCUCAAGUGGACAAGUAAUGAAUUUCAAGGGCGACAUCAUUGUUGUCUACCUUAGUCAAAACUCCCAGGAGGGGGCCUCGGCCACGGGGCCAAGCGAGGAGAACGUGGGCAGCCCUGUGCAGGAGGAGAACCUCAGCCGCUGCGAGACUUUCGCCGGCAAUGCCCAGCACUACAAGGAGAAGUGUGCCGAGCUGCAGGCCUCCUGCCCAGGCACGUCCCACCACGGCCGGGCCUCACAGCCCGUGCAGGAGGAGGGGAGGCUGGGACACUUCUCAGAGAAGGUGUUGAACUGA